AGACUUAUGGAGAAUUAUGAGGGGUGGGGUAGUGAUUUUGAUGAAAUUAAUGAGUUGUUUUUAAAAAAAACAUAAUAAAUAAUAUUUUUAUUAACAUACAUACUGGAAUUAUUAUUUCGUUUAUACGCGGGAUAUUUUAUGUGAUAACAUAUUUCGGUAAACCAUUAAAUGAUAACACAAUAUAUAUUUACGAGCGUCUCGGGAGCAAAAUUGCGCAACCAAUCAGAGGUGUUCACAUUUCUUAUCAAUAUUUGUUAAAAUCACACUUCUUAUCUUUGUUGACAACGAGGUGAUAAUAUAUUGAUAUUAUUUUAUUCUGUGAUAUAAUCUUACAGGUGUUAUACUUAAUUAUUAAUAUUAUAUUAUUAACUAUUAUUAAUUACUAUUUACUUUUAAUUAUAAUAAUAAUAUGGAAGAGUUGGAAAUUGGAACCGGUAACAUGGAAGAGCUUAAGUGCUUAGUUUGUAAUAAAUAUUUCAGUUACAAAAGAACUUUAAAGCGACAUUCAAUUACUUGUGGCUCUAAGGAAUCAAAAAAUAUUAAUAGCGUGCAAUGCCCUGAUUUGUCGUGUCAUAAAUUAUUCACGAACAAAAAAAUGUUAAAAUGUCAUAUAGAGUCAGACCAUGGUGUGAGAUUACAAAAUGAACAAAAAACGUUUGCAACUCUUCAUGAUUUCAAAGAAUGGAAAUUAAAAACAGAAGAAGAUAAUUUAUGUUUUUAUGCCUUAAGUGCUCGUAAGACUGUCGGACAGAAUAAAAACAUUACAUACCUGGAUUGUCAUCGAACUGGUAAUUUCCAAAGUAGAUCAACAGGUGUCCGUAAAAUAAAAAGUCAAGGCACAAACAAAAUUGGAUCUACAUGUCCAUCGUCAAUGGUAUGAAUUUAAAAUUUCUUAACCUUGACGUUUUGUUCUUUUUUACUCAAUAUUCUGUUUUAAUACUCAGAUAGUAGUAACAGAAGACGAAUCUGUCAUUGUAGAGUUUUGUAGUACUCAUUUUGGCCAUAGUAUGAAUCUUGGUAGAUGUAAUUUAACACCUGAAGAAAGAGCCAUGAUUGCAGGUAAUCUUAAUUUACACCAUAUAUUAUUGUAAAUGUGAAUAAAGGACAAGUGUUACUCGGUUCUUGUGCUAUAGAAAACCUGUUUGUUUUUUAAGUAAUUCAUUUAAGUAAGUGUUCAUUAUGUUUUUAUAUAACCUACAAUAACCUUUUGCGUUACAAAUAAUGGACUAUAUAGGUUGCUGGUUAAAUAACUUUGGGUUACAAUAAAUUUAAAAAAUAUAUAAAUUAAAUAAUUUCAUUAAUUUUUUAUUGUUUCUUUUGAAUUUUUAUGUUUAUUAAUAUGUUUUGUGAAGUGUUUUGUUUUGCUUAAUAUUGUGCGGCAUUAAUAAUGUGAAUCCAAGUGAAUGGUGUAAUAAUAAUA